AUGGCUGUCCCAACGCGUAACCCAAAAGACUCCAUGACGUCCACCUGGCGUACGUGGGAUCGCUCGCAGUGGAACGCCGGCCACUGGCUUCUUGAGGUCCUGAACGUGCACCAUAUUGAGCUUGAUCAAGAAGUCCCGGUCCACCAAAAGACGGAAAAAGUCCCUUAUGCACCAGAGCUGCAGUUCCAUCUUUGGGUUCUUCUCCAUGCCGGUCUUACACUCGCUAUUCACCAACUUUACAUCAUCUACUUCGGUCAACCCUCGGCGUUGUUGAUAUUCUUUUACUACCAUACGGCUCUGGAAUUCUUUGCCGUGCACGAAACACACGUCCUCCGCCGCGUCGGCCACAAGAUCGGAUUCUUCGACGGGGACAAGCAUCCUCGCGAUGGUGUACCUGACGUGGGUGUCGGGAAGACCGUCAAGUCUCUACUAUCCGUUAUCGCGUUCCGUCCAUUGUUGACCAUCUUCCUCGCCUAUCGCGCCGAUGAUGGCCCAUCAUCGAUCCGAUGGGGGUGGCUCAUCUUCGAGACUGGCAUGUAUGCACUCGUGCUCGACUUCUGGUACUACAUCUUCCACCGCUCCGCACACGAGACGGAACACCUCUGGAAAUACCACCGCACCCACCACUUGACCAAGCACCCUAACCCUCUCUUGACUGCGUAUGCGGACACGGUGCAGGAGUUUAUUGACAUUGUCGGCACGCCUCUCAUAACGUACCUCACCAUGAAACUGAUGGGAUUUCCCAUGGGUUUUUACGAGUGGUGGGUAUGCCAACAAUAUGUGGUGUUCACGGAGAUACUGGGCCAUAGCGGCUUGCGAAUGCUUGCCACGGCGGUGAAUCCCUGGACAUGGCUGCUGAGGCUGUGCGACAUGGAGCUCGUUAUUGAGGACCAUGAUCUCCAUCAUCGCAAAGGCUGGAAGAACAGCCACAAUUACGGCAAACAAACCCGGGUGUGGGACCGGCUGUUCAACACAUCUAUUCCUCGUGUGGAGGGACACCGGGACAAUAUUGACUAUGUCAAUACCGCGAAAAUUCCCUUAUUGUAA